GUUACGUUCCUGGUCGAACAGUCUGCACCACAAUUCCGACGGUCUACAUAGAGACUCCAGAGCCGGUGCAACAACACUACCUUCUGCGGAGUUACUUGAUAGAAUAGACGUCAGAGCACUGCCAAUAUCGCCGAUACUCCGUUGGGCAAAUAACCUGGCUGGGCUGUCGGGACGCAGGCAAACCGGGCGUUACGAAAGUUCCCACGGAGUACGCCACCAACUUCGAUAUUUCCCGUUUGGCCAGCAUCCGUCGUUGAAUAAGCAUGCCGCCUGUAGAGCACGGUCCGGGCGGAGACGCCUCGCAGUCCACUGUGUCGCCGUUCUUGGUGUUUAUGGCUGAGGUUGGAGGACAAUUCGCUCGCGGCGUCGUCGUUGGCGGCGUGGUGAUUCUUCUGGGGCAGAUUUUCUUUAGGCUUAUAAAAACUUGGUACCGCCGCCGGCAAUACUCGGCCUACGACGCCAUCCCGGACUACGACCCGCACCCCGACUGCGACCUAACCUAUGAUGAUGCCGACGACAGCUCCUACAUCCCGCAACCCCUCCCGCCAGACCCGUCUACCAGCACCACGCCAACACCCUCGCUGACGAAAAUCAAGACCGGGGAACCGCCCGUAGUGAGACACUGUCGACUCGCUGUGAGGGCUAUGCUGCAUUUGGUGGAGAUCUCGCCGGAGGUUAUUCCGCAGGCGCAGUUGUUUACGUACAGGGGGUUGAGGGCGGGUGGGCAUCAGAGGCAGGCUAGUGUGCCGGCGUUUUCGAAUCCGACGACGGCGAUACCUGUGCACAAAGAUGCCGUGCUGGGGGAUAAGGAGAAGCAAAGGGAUGAGCCGAGUGCAGUACGGCCGAAAGAUGAAUCUGUGACCCCGCCACGCAGCAGCUUGGCUGAUGAGAGCAUUUCAAUGUCGAGUGGCGGGACGAGGCGGAAGUCGUCAAAGAAGCCCAAAACGGAGCGGACGAGUCUCGGUCGCGCCAGCGGAGCCCGAGCAGCUGUGGAGAUUCUGGAGAAGUCUAUUGACGAGGGUAAGAUUACGGCCGCGCUGCCUUCGUCCAAAAACUCCAGUCCGCACCGGCAUGCGUCGGAUAUCUUCGACAACAGCAGCAGCCGGCAGGAGGUGUCGUUUGAGGAGAGCCGUUCCCACGAAACGCAGUCGGGCGUUACAGACGACAUUCUUGCGCCGAUAAAGGAUUUCAAAAAGGACGAUGCGCACAACAAGGCGCCGCGCCGCACAAAACUCGCCAAAUCCUUUUCCGAUUUCAGUAUCGGGCAAGCCACCAACCGCGCCUCCUUCCACGCUGACACCGAUGACGCCAUCUCGGAGGAGAACGUCAGCAGGCACAGCGUCUCCUCAACCACAUCGACGCCGAGUGCCAGAUUGCGGAAACCGCAGUCCGCGAUGCCACUUGGCAGGAGGUCCACGUCGUCGGCGGUGGAGGAUGGUCACCGGAAUAGUCCUGCGUCGCCCACACCUGUGAGAUCGAGCAUACCGGCGACGUAUUUCGCGGCCGACCAUGCCCAUGAGUGGACGAUCCCGGGGUUCGGUCGGAUUAGGUUUACCGACCAUGCUCCAUUGCCGUUCAAGGCGUUGCGCACGCUAUUUGGGUACUCAUUUGAUGAACUGAAUGAGAGUCUUGCCCGCGCUUUUAGUGUCGAAAUGACAGCCGGGAAAAGUGAGAGUGUGUUCUUUGAGACACACAACAAUCGCUACCUUCUGAAAACACUUCGAGGCGCCGAAAUGGAAAACCUGCGGAGUUUCCUCCCUGCCUACAUCUCCUACAUCUUAGACAAUCCAGGCACUUUACUCCCACGCUAUCUCGGCCUGUACACAUUCGAGCGUCUCACCACCGUCAACGGCCCCGCAUCCUACAGUUCCGGUGCAGGCCCCAACGGCCGCAGUUUCGGCGCUUCAGGCAAACACCUCCACCAGCAAUACCAAUCCUCGCAGAUCGACGACGCCCUCGGCACCCGCUUCACCGUCGUGCUGAUGGCCCACGUGUUCGACACCGACCUAGAAAUCGCCGCCAAAUUCGAUUUCAAGGGCUCUAAUGUCGGUAGACAAGCCUUACCAGACGACCUCAGCGCGUUGCGGCUCCCACAUAACAGGAAUCCGUUUAGCUCCCACUCGUCGACUUCCACAGCCGCGUCUGGGUCGGAUACUACCACUAGCGGCAGCAGUCGCGGGAAUAGGAGCAUAUCGUUUUCCAACCUUCCAAGUGAGAUUACCCUGAAGGAAGUGGAUUAUCAGCGGUUGAUUGCGAUUGGAGGCGCCAGACGGUUGAUUAUGGGCGAGCGCGCCAAGUUGGCUGUUUUGGCGCAGUUAAGGAGUGAUGUUGCGUUGUUGAGGAAGUGGGAGUUUAUGGAUUAUAGGUCGGUUUUUUGGGACAAGGGUUGACGUGUCAAUUUUUUUUUGGAAGCUGGGGAGACUAACGAUACGGCUGCUUGGCGUUUCACAACAGUCUGCUGAUAGGUGUGUACAGACACCCCCGCAAAACCGCG